AUGAUUAUAUAUUAACAUAAUUAAACCUUUUCAAGAAUCAAAUAUGGCAGUACAAAUAUGAAAAAUUCUUUUAUAUCUAUGAAAUAGUAUCCAUAAUCUUUACAAUUUAAUAAUUCAAUUUAAAGAUUCUAAGCAAUAAGACCAGAACUUAAUAAAAACAAAUUUAUCGAUAAGAGUCAAAAUUCCAGGUAGUAUUAACAUUUAUUAGAUCCAAUAUACUUUUAAUAGUUACCCAAACCAUAAUUAGUAUAAGAAACAAUUUUUUAGGAAAUAUUUGAUGAUGAUGAUUAAAUUUAAGCAAAUUUGGUCUCAGCUAAGUAGACCUUGAAUAUGUAUGAUUAGAAAAAGAACUAAUUGUUGAAAUCAAGACAUUGUAGAAGAUGAUUAAAUUAACUAAAACCUAAACUUAAUAUUGUCUACAGUUCAAGAGUUGUAAGGAAAUAAAUGUAGUUGCCUGGAAUCAUUAGUAUAAAAAAAAACAGAUCAAUUAAAUGGUUAAGACCUAAAUAGAGUUGGAGUAGAUUUGGUGAUCGAUAAAAGCUCCCGUAUUAAUGGGAGUAAAAUAGAGAGACUGUAACAUCAAGUUUGAAAUUUCUAUUUACAUUUUUAACAGAUCAUGACCGUUAAUAACUAAUUAUUUUUCAUAUUUAGGCUCAAAGAUUAACUCCAUUUAAUAGAAUAACAGAAGAUAACAAAUUGUACCAUUAUUAAUUAAUUAUUUUUUGAAUACACUUUACAUAAAUAAUUGAUUAAAUUAAUUCUCACGGAGGCAUACAAAUAUCCUCAGCAACUGAGAUUGCUUUUUCGCUAGUUAAAGAGCAGGAAGUAUAAAAACAAUGUGAGCUCAGUCUUGUUACUUUCUGAUGGCCAAGACAAUUUUGCUCCCUAAUAAAUAUAAAUCUAAUUAAAAUAGCUAGAUGAGGAAUUUACUGUGCAUGCAUUUUGAUUUGGUUAGGAAUAUGAUGCAGCUCUGAUAGCAUCUAUUUAACUUGAAAAUAGAAGUUUUUAUUUUGUGUAGAAUAUUUCUUUAUUGGAUGAAUUCUUUUUGGAUGCUUUAGGAGGCUUAAAAUCGGUUGUGUGUGAAAAAUUAUAGGUUACAGUUAACUUAAAGCUUCCUGAAAUCUUAAAUGGUUUGAAUAUUUCUAAGACUCAUGGAUUAAUAAAGGGAAUUAUUAUGAGAUCAAUCUUCCAAUAUUGA